AUGAGCAGUGACAGGCAGCUCCGUUGUGCCAUACGCGCCCCAGUGAGAUAUGGUGACUCUGGCACCGAGUCGCCAACUUCCGCCAUAUUGAUGCCAAUGCAUUUGGCGCGAAAGCAAUCAGCGUCCAUUGAUGCAACAGACCUAGUGCCAAAAAUCCCAAAUUCAUCGUUUCGCAGGGUCAAAAUCUUGCGCAAACCGGAAGUUAUCGAGUUCGAUCCUACAUUGCCCCCUGUGGAUUUCCCGACGUUGCCUGAGCCGUGGCCCAAAAGGCGAAAGAUCUCCCAGAGCAGACCCGAAGCAGGUCAGUACUCACUCGCCGUUGACUGGUCCAUGAGCAACGGUGAGUCCAACUCCAUCUACACCAGCAAUAUGGCGGGAAUGGGCGCCAUGUUGGGAGAAAGAAAGGCAUUUGACGUGACAGACAAUCUGAGCAUCUCUGACAGCGACGAUGAGCCUAUAGAUGACCAAGAAGCCCUUGGUCGGAAAAUCCUCAACCCAACUUGGAGCGACCUCAAUCCGGCCAUACAACUGCAAAUCGUCUCCGGCCUCCUCAAGCACUACAACUGGGAGAAUGCGUGCAUAAAGCUCGACCUGAACAAAGAAGAUCAAAAUAAGCUGUCACAUUAUCAGAUCACACGGGACCAACAAAUUUCUCGGGAGGAUCGAGCCCUGGCUACCAUGCGGGAAAAGCAACUCGCCCAUCUCAUGAACAUGGAUCAAAGUGUUCUGAAACAAAGCCCUGUACCCCAUCAGCUUGUCCUGAAUAGACUUACCAAAAUAUCACGGGACUUCCAUGAAUCACUUACCAAGGUGGCCAAACCAGAACUUGAAUUCUGCCGAGCUGACGAUAUACUGGCAGCUAGGCAGUUUCUCCGCAACCACCAUCUCAAUGAGAACCUCGCUGGCCAGUGGGGUAGCGCUUUUGUCGAACUAACUGAUAUGCCCCGUACCGAAAAUCACAGCCUUCCAGAGAGAUUCCAGUGGAAGGAGGAUUGGACCAUACCGGCAUACAGCUUCAUUAACCCCCCAUGGACUGAUUCAAGACUGUGCACCUGGCCUCUCAUCUGA